AUGGCGAAAGUCAGAAAGAUGAUGCAGCGUAAUGAUUGCCAGGGUUAUCUUGUCCUGGACCAAUUAGCUGAACUGUUGAAAAACCUGCUUCUCAGAAGACCUUGUUCACAGCACCCAUCUCGGGUAGACAGUUUAGAUUCUUUGAAAGCUAUUAUGGACUGCGCAACGCUUGUCGAUAAAAACCGUUCGAGUCAAUCUUCACGCCCUUCCCAGAAAGGUCUUAUCAUUUCCACCGACUCCUCAUCGAGGGCCCCCCUAAUCCUUUGUGCCGAGCCCGUGACAAUCGCAGCUUCGGGAUCCGGAGACUGA